GGAACAUUCACUAUAUUUACACCCAAAAAAAGAUGAAUAUAUUGAAAUAUAGCGAAAUACAAAAAUCGUGAAAACAAAGUAGAGUGAAAAUAGGCUCUAUAUCUAGAACAUUCACUAUAUUUACACACACACAAAAAAAAGAUGAAUACAUUGAAAUACAGCGAAAUACAAGAUGAAACCCAUCUUCCUCACUAAAGCCCAACGUGAAGAAUUCGCAAAAACGACAACCACCGUGACAGUCUCAAACCUAAUUAAGAAAAAAUGAGGCAAUUCGAUCCAUGGCCUGUGUUUUUCCGUCGUGAAUGGAGAUUCCCCGUUGGUUUCGCUGUCACCGACGCUAUCAUCACCAAGAUGUCCCUCGAUUUCACUAAGGAGGAUGCGAAGAAAUCCAAAUUUGCUUAG